AUGAAUUUUAAAUUCCUCGCCGUCAACACCAUUACCCUCCUGCAACGGGACGAGCGUGAAGAAGAUCUACGCGGCUGCGGUGCAUCGGUCGUAGAACUUUAUACAUCUCUUCUCGCCAAUGUCCAUUGCGUGGAUAAAGAGAAAGUCGCGGCUCUCGUCGAUCUGGCCAAUGAGUCUUUGCUACUUUAUCCCUACAAGGACGUUCCAUCCUGUUGGCGCCAUUUGCUCAUGGAUGCCAGUUUGCUGCAAACCUCUCAAUUAUUGCGCGAAUUGCAAGAUGCCGUGGAAAAUCAAGUACCCGAUCACCAAGCACAGAGUUUAGCACAACAACUCAUUAGAGAUCUUGACACAGCGAUGAUAGUCAGUGGAGCACCAGGCGCUGGGCGCCGCACGUUGGCCAACAAGAUACUGGAAGAUAUUCAGCAGUGGUUGUCUGACAAGCUACGGGAAUUGAAGGGUGAGGAUCGACGUGAAAAGCGGAUCAAGAUCAAAGACGAAGUGUUUGUCGAUAAAGCGACACAGGAACGCGCGCCUGAAUUGCGCUUCCCAAUCGAACGCAUGCGUGAACCGCCUGAUUUCAUAUGGUUUUCACUUCGUACGCAGGGACAGAUGCCGGAGCCGGUGAUUAUUUGCGGAGCCAUAGAUCAUUGGCCAGCGUUGUCAUCACGACCGUGGAACAGUGUACACCAUCUUCUCUCUUUGGCGGCCGAUCGCGUGGUCCCCGUCGAACUUGGAAGCAAAUAUACCGAUGUUGAAUGGCAGCAGCAAAUGAUGCGAUUUGAAGAGUUUGUCAAUGAUUACGUACUCAAGCCAACCACACCACCGGCCUAUCUAGCCCAGCAUGAUUUAUUUUAUCAAAUCCCUCGACUUGAAAAUGACAUUCAAAUCCCAGACUAUUGCUAUGUGGCUCCAGAACCGACGGACUGGUACAAAGGCCCGCCCCCGGAUGUCAUUAAGAAUGCAUGGUUCGGACCAAAAGGCACAGUAUCCCCUCUUCAUCAAGACCCAUAUCAUAACGUCCUGGCCCAAGUGGUGGGUCGCAAGUAUUUGCGUUUAUAUGCACCGGAUCAAACAUCUAUGCUUUACCCUCAUGAAGGCAUGAUGAGUAAUACGAGUCAAGUCGAUGUUGAACAUCCUGAUCUGGAUAGCUUUCCUGACUUCGGAAAAGCCAAAUUUGUCGAGUGCGUCCUGGAGGAAGGGGAACUGUUAUAUAUUCCGCCAAAAUGGUGGCACUAUGUACGAUCGCUAGAUACAAGCUUCAGCAUCAGUUUUUGGUUUUAA